AAUCUUAUCUGUGUUUAGUAAAUGAUAAAAUAAGCUCUUAUUUAACAACCCCUCCAACCUUUAUGCACAUUCAUAUUUCUUCUAUCACAUCAUUCACCGCAAAAACCUGCAAAGCAGCGCACCGGAGCCUUUGCAUAUCACCCAGCAAUCAACAAAUAAGAAUUUUUUUUUUUUUUUGUUGUUGUUUUUUUCUGUAAUUGCUCAAUAAAAAUCAUGGUUACUUCCAAGCUGUUAUGGUUAGUCCUCGCAUCGCAAAUAUUCCAUUCCAGUUUAGCUGCCGAUCUUCAUCCUACGGAUAUCUUUAUUUUAGCAGGCCAAAGCAACAUGGCCGGCCGAGGCGGUGUCGAUAACGUCACAUGGAAUGGCUUUAUCCCGACUCAAUGCAGCUCCAAUCCCUCCAUACUUAGGCUUAGUGCUCAACUCAAAUGGGAAGAGGCGCGGGAGCCACUCCAUGUAGACAUCGAUUUGGAAAAAACUUGCGGGAUUGGUCCUGGGAUGGCAUUUGCCAAUGCGGUCAAAGCUAAUGAGUCGAGGAUUGGCGUGGUGGGUCUGGUCCCAUGUGCCAUUGGUGGGACUGCAAUAAGCGAGUGGGCUCGAGGAACGAGGUUGUAUAAGGAGUUGGUGAAUCGAGCUAAAGAGUCAGUGAGGUAUGGUGGAAUAAUUAGAGCGAUUUUGUGGUUUCAGGGAGAGAGUGAUACGGGUCGCAAAAAGGAUGCUGAGGCUUACAAGGGGAACAUGGAAAGUCUCAUUCGGAGCUUGCGUUAUGAUCUUAACAUUUCAGAUAUUCCCGUAAUCCAGGUGGCGCUUGCUUCAGGAGAAGGCAAAUUCGUAGAAUUGGUGAGAGAAGCUCAGCUAGCAAUCAAGCUACCAAAUGUGAAAUGCAUAGAUGCCAAGGGAUUGGCACUCAAAAAAGAUCACCUCCAUCUUACUACCAUGGCUGAGGUUCAACUUGGUCUCAAGUUUGCUAAUGCCUAUAUUACUUCUUUUGGUUAUAUGCUCCAAUGAUACACAAGGCUUAUGGAGUCGAAAUCAAACUUUUCAGAAGCAAGCUCGUUCAUUAUGUCCUCAGACCCAUUAAUGUACCAUGUUAGCAUGAUGUAUAAAACUGUAAAUCAAUUCAAGAGCAACAGGACGGCUUUACUGCAAGAAAAGAAUGGAGUUGUAAAUCCAGCAGUAAAAAGCUGCAUAAUGAGUUGCAUUUUGAUUGCCUAGAGUUGCUCUUAUUCAUUUGUGAAAAAAAGAAAAAGCAUUAGUUGUAAUGAAUUCAUACAUAAUUAAAUGUUUAUAUUUUACUAAGAAACGGAAAAGAA